ACGGUCAGUCGAGCGGAGGUGGUGCAGCAGAGUGGUCUACUCAAGUGUCGCGCCGCGCCUGUGACAUCGCGAUUCAAACAACACAUGCUGACGCGCUGUUGCUCUAUUACUCACUAAUGAAGUUUGUACGAAAUCUUGAUAUUUAUAAUAUGCAUUAUGGGUUGUACAAGCAGCGCGCCAACCGUAGCCAUCCCCGAUGCUAAUACGGCGUCAGAAGAAACUGUGAAUAUCGAACAAAAACUACAAGAAAAAAAUAUUAAUAAUCAAGAGAAAAUGUCAAAGGAGGAUCAAAAUGAAACAAACGACUCAAAUGUGCUUCCUAAGUGUGAUACCAUAUCGGAACCUAUCCAAGUAUUUAGUCAUAAUAAAUCAUUGACGGAUUUACGUAGUCUAGAAAAUAUGAGAGAAAACCAUGAAAUGGAAAAUGGUGAAGAAAAUAAUAAAGAUAAUACGCCAGUCGAUACAUUACACGACGAUAAAAUAUCUAGUUUAGAAAAUAUCGUUAAACGAGUAAUUGAGAGUAAGGUUACGGAAAAUAUUAUGAACCAUGGUGGCAAUUCUCAUAACGAAGAUCACAACAUUGAACAAACUAGUCAAGAACAUGACUCGGCUAUCACAUUACAAUUAAAUAACAUUCUUUUAACCAAUAUUGAAGAUGUUGAAAAAAACGACAAUUGCGAAGAAAAGGCCAGUCCAACCCAAUCAGAAUGUAGUCGCGUAACUCGAUGGGAAGCUUUAGCUGACAUUGCUGCAGAAUUACCACCUUCGCUUGCUGUUGAUCCUAUUACAGGACAAAUUUACACAUUAUCAAAAUAAAUUAGGAUCGAAGAACUGAAAAACAAUGCUUUCUUUACAUCAAUGUUAAAUGUAAAUGUAUACCACUUGGUUAUCAGUGGUUAUUUAUAUAAAUAGGUAAUAUUUCUAAAUUAUUAGCAAAUAAUGUAAAUAAACUUAUUAUUUUCACAAGGUAACUGCGGGUGCCAAUCAAUGAAUAAUCCACCGUGUUGUUCCGCACUCGACACUCGAAUAACGACCAAACGCAAGUGCCAUGCCGCUCCACGCGUGUAGUGUGUGUAGAUGAGCGUGAGUUACAACUAACUCUGUGUUAUUUUUAUGAUUUUGUCGCAUUGCUAUAUCUAGCCCUCAUAUAACAGGCUAGGCGUGUGCUGCAAGGAUACCACAUCCUUGAUAAGGUUUUUUGUAUUACCUGUUUAGUGAGUGAUGGCGCACCAACACGGUACCUACAUGUGCUUUAUCUGCCUGGUGGAUUUCACUUUAUUUUUAUAUGGAACUGAAUUGAUGCAAAGCUUAUUAUACAAUUACACAAGACAUCCAAAUAAGAAAUGCACACGAUCUUACUUAAUAUGUAUAAAAAAAAUAAAUGACGUCAAUUCAAUACUA